CCAAUCCAACUUUGAGAAUUUUUGUUUAUCGCUCGAUAAGAGUCUCGCGUUAACGCUGAUAACAGUCCACCACUAAUUAUUUGGUUAGUAAGCAGCAAUGAACAACACUUAAAAUAUAUCAGGAGUUUGAUGUGAUCUACUAAACUAGUGGUGUUUUAAUUUAAUGUCUCCAUAAUAAUGAUGAUUAUUCCUCAGGCUAUAAUCUCUGAAAUCUAUAAUGGCUGCAUCCCUAGUGUGAGGACGGUCUGUGUGUUUGGUAAAAGCUGGAGUGAGGGAGGGAAGCGUAGCUGGAGCCGGAGCCGGAGCGGGUCACUGUAGGCCAGGGGUGGAUCUGGAGGAAAACAGAGGAGGGGGUUUAGUUUAGCUGGAGAACAGUGUGUUCUGUUCAUUCCGGAGCAGGAACUGUGUGUGCUGUUCUCCGUCACACACACAAGAAAAAAAGGUGCUGAACUGCCUUAUAUUUUACAGCACAAAUGAAGAUGUCGUGCCUCAGAACAGAGCGUGUCGUCUCCACAAAGCUCAGUCUGUCCACGUGUGCGGCGUCAGGGAGUUCACUCUGCUGGAUCUCUAGCAGACUCCAGAAAUCUGACAACUCGCUCCAGCUAUCUGAUUUGGGCUCUGUUGUUUCUCUGCUGAGGGGACACACUGCUUUGUUUUGAUGACUCAUCCUGCACUCAGGGACUGCCUGCUAGGUUGAGGAGAUUCGGGGUGUCCCAUAGACCCCUAGAUUCCUCCGAUGAACCCCAUCAACUCCAUGAAACCUGCCCUGCCUCCAACGCCGCACAGUGACUCCUCAUACCCAUAUGAUCCUGUCCCCUGGCAGCAAGGCCCCAGUCAGCCCGCCGGCUCCCUCUCUGUGGUAACCACAGUGUGGGGGGUAACCAACCCUUCAGCCAGCCAGGUUUUCGGAGCACCCAUGGGUCCAGGAGGAAACUCAGCCGGGGGUCACAUGAUGCCGGGCAGCAGUCCGGGCAUGAACUCGCCCCAGUUCAUGAGCCAGCAGGGCUACCCGGAGCCCAACAAAACAUACAUGCAGCAGGGCAUGUACGGCCGGCCCAGCGGAGGAUACCCUGCCGGACCCGGAUACGGCGGCAGUUACCCCAAUAACGGCGCCGGUUCUCUCGGGAUGCCUCCUCAUGGUGUUCGUCCACCCACUGACUUCACCCAAGCAGCCGCGGCAGCAGCGGUCGCCGCAGCAGCAGCCACCGCCACCGCAACCGCCACCGCAACUGUCGCCGCCUUACAGGAGAAGCAGAACCAGGAGCUGAGCUACGGCCCUAUGGGCGGAGCGUCCUCCUACAACACCCAGUUCCUGUCUCACUCCGGCCCUCGUGGGCCCCCAGGGAUGUCCCCCUCUGGGAUGGUGGGCUCCAGACCCCCCUCUAUGGGCCCCAUGUACACACAGCAGGGCCAGAGGCUCCCGCAGCACCCCGGAUACCCAGGGAGUCAGCAGGGGCCGCCGCGCCACCAGCAGGCCCUCAAACGCCCGUACAACUCUGAGGGUUUUCCGGGUCAGCAGUACGGCCCCGGGAUGGGCGGUGGGGGACCGUACCCUGGGCAGCCCAUGCAGUAUCACGGCCCCGGGCCCCAGCGCUCUGCCCCGUCCCCAUCAUACCCCACACACCGCAUGCCGCUCCAGCAGCCCAGUAUGGCCCAGUAUCCUGCAGGACCAGGAAACCCCAGCCAAUACUACAAGCAGGCGGAGCAGUUUAACGGUCAGGGGAACAACCACAGCCUGAGCUCUGCAGUGACCACUGGAGGAUACAGCAGCUUCAACCAGCCCACCGUCAACGGGCCGGGCCGAGCAAUGCCAGGAUACCCCAGUUCUCCUCUGCCUGGGAACCCCACCCCCCCCAUGACCCCCGGCAGCUCCAUGCCCUACAUGUCCCCCAAUCAGGACGUCAAAUCCCCAUUUCUGCACGACGUCAAGCCCAACAUCAGCGCUCUGCAGCCCCCUACAGGAAACCCCAGCGAUGACCUGCGUCUGACGUUCCCGGUGCGAGACGGUGUGGUUCUGGAGCCCUUCAGACUGGAGCACAACCUGGCCGUCAGUAACCAUGUGUUCCAGCUGCGCGACUCCGUCUACAAAACACUCAUGAUGAGGCCUGAUCUGGAGCUGCAGUUCAAGUGUUACCAUCAUGAAGACCGGCAGAUGAACACUAACUGGCCGGCGUCGGUGCAGGUUAGCGUCAAUGCUACGCCUCUGACCAUCGAGCGCGGUGACAACAAGACGUCCCACAAACCCCUGUACCUGAAACACGUGUGCCAGCCAGGACGCAACACCAUCCAGAUCACCGUCACCGCCUGCUGCUGCUCUCAUCUGUUCGUGCUGCAGCUGGUGCAUCGGCCGUCUGUGCGCUCAGUGCUGCAGGGACUCAUGAAGAAGAGGCUGCUGCCGGCCGAACACUGCGUCACCAAGAUAAAGAGGAACUUCAGCAGCGGGACCAUCCCGGGAACCCCAGGCCUGAACGGAGAGGAUGGUGUGGAGCAAACGGCCAUCAAGGUGUCGCUCAAGUGUCCCAUAACGUUCAGGAGGAUCCAGCUUCCAGCCCGCGGACACGACUGCAGACACAUACAGUGUUUUGACCUGGAGUCGUACCUGCAGCUCAACUGUGAGAGAGGAACCUGGCGCUGUCCUGUGUGCAAUAAAACCGCUCUGCUGGAGGGGCUGGAGGUGGACCAGUACAUGUUGGGCAUCUUGAUCUACAUUCAGAAUUCAGACUAUGAGGAGAUCACCAUUGACCCGGUGUGCAGCUGGAAGCCUGUCCCGGUUAAACCAGACCUGCACAUUAAGGAGGAUCCGGACGGGCCGGCCCUGAAGCGCUGUCGAACCCUGAGCCCCAGUCACAUGAUCCUGCCCAGCGUGAUGGAGAUGAUCGCAGCGCUGGGUCCCGCAUCCUCGCCCUACCAGAGUCUGCCAGCAGGGGGCAGCAGCAGCACGCCCGACUAUCCCAGCCAAGGUGGUUCGGGAUACUCCAGCCAGCCAGGCUUUUCAGAUUUCCCCAACGCCCCCGGCACCCCGACCCUGGGGGAGUUCACCCCUGGCCCCCCACCCCUGUCUUACCAGUCUGACCUGCCCAGCGGACUGCUGACCCCCGAGAAACCUGUGGGACACCCAAUGCCCGGACAGAUGCCUCACUCUAGUCGCAUGGAUCCUUCCCACAAUCCCCUGCAGCAGCAACAGCAGCAGCAUCAGGCUCUCCACGGGAGCUCCAGCAUGGGUCCCGGGGCCCCGAUGCACUCCCGUGGGCCCUCCCAGAAUCCCCGCAUGCACACAGAUAGCUUCGGACUCGGGGCCCCUGGGGGACCAGGCGAUGUUUCAGAGCCAGCCCUCGAUCUUCUCCCAGAGCUGACGAACCCAGAUGAGCUGCUGUCCUACUUGGGUCCUCCAGAUCUUCCCAAUAACAGUAACGAUGAUCUGCUGGCUCUGUUCGAGAGCAACUGAACCGUCCGGCGCUCCUCCACCGUCCAGCAGUCCUCCAUCCAAGCCAAACACACAUCCCAUUGCGUCUGUGCACGGUUUCCUCCUGAGACUGGACCGCAGUGACUCUUGGGAAGGUGCAAGGAAGAUGGCUUUUAUUUUUCCUCCUGUGACGAUGUUACUGUCCGACUGCUUCUCUGAACUCUGAACUUCAGUCGCUCCAAUCAUUUGUAGAAAGACGCACAUCUCGCUUUACACUCGUGUGGUGUAGUAAAGGACAUUGUGUGUGUGUGUGUGUGUGUGUGUGCGUGUGCGUGUGUGUGUGUGUGUUGAGGAUCAGGUCAUUGCUUGUUUUUCUUUUCACUGCGGCUCCUGUUUUAAAUCUAAAUUAGAUGAGGAAUUGUGAUCUCGUAAUGCUGGAUUCACACCAAACACGUAAUUAAGUAAUCGAUAUAAAAGUAAAUUAAAUAUAAUGGUAAUGCAAACGAUUGAACUAUAUCGAAUUAUGAUGGCAGAUAAAGCUGUGAGUGGUGUUGUAACCACAGCUGCAGAGUAUUGGAUUACAUGUAACCUGGAUUACAUCUGUUUUUUUUUAUCGUACACCAGCACUACUUUGAAAAGAUUGAAGUACAUAAGAACAUAUUGUAGAAUAACGAACGAAAACUUCACAUUGAGACAAUACAAAACUAUGUAGUUCUAAAUUUAAAUCAUUAAAUAGGAUUUUUCAUGUCAUUAUUGGAUCGAUAACUAAAAGCGAAGUACUCUAAUGCUGUAUUCAGAACAAACACGAAAUUAAGUAUUGAAUAUAAAAUUAAAUUACAUAUAAUGUUAAUGCAAACAUUGACGAAUAAUCACAGCACAGUGCGAAUGUCGCAGAUAAAGCUGUGAGCAUUAUUAUAACCACAGCUGGGGAAUAUCGAGUGACAUGUAACCUGGAUUACAUUAGUUUGUUUAUUCGUACAGCAGCAAUUUACGACUACUUCAUGACAUUAUUGAAAUAAAUAAGAACAUAUUGUAUAAUAAUGAACGAAAUCUUCACAUUGAGACAAAACAAUAUAGUUUUACAUUAAAAACACUAAAUAUGAAUUUUCAUGUCGAUAUUGAAUUAAUAACUUACAGCGAAGUACUCUAAUGCUGGAUUCAGAACAAACUCCGAACUAAGUAUUCAAUAUAAAAGUAAAUCACAUAUAAAGUUAAUGCAAUCGCUUAAACAGUGGCGAAUUAUCACCGCAAGGUGCGAAUGUUGCAGAUAAACCUGUGAGCUCUACUGUAACCACAGCUGUGGAGUAUCGGAUUGCAUGUAUACUGGAUUACAUCUGUUUGUUUAACAUACUACGUUGACUACUUUGACAAGAUUGAAUUCGAUAUGAACAUAUUGUAUAAUAACGAAUGAAAACUUUACAUUGAAACAAUAAAAAAACAACAUAGUUUUACAUUAAAAACAUGAUUUUUUAUUUUUCAUGUCGAUUUAGCAUCGAUGACUUCCAUCAAAGUACUCGGAAUUAAUGCGGAGUUAAAGUUAAUGCAAAAAGUUGAAUAGUGGCGAAUUAUCACCGCACAGUGCGAAUGUCGCAGAUAAAUUUGUGAGCGUUACUGUAAUCACAACUGCGGAGUAUCGGAUUACAUGUUACCUGGAUUACAUUUGUUUGUUUUUCGUACACCAGCAAUUUACAACUAUUUCAUGACUACAAUGAAGUAGAUAAAAAGUUUUUGUAUAAUAAUAAUAACAAACGACAACUUCACAUUAAUAAGAGACAACGCAAAUGUUUUUAAAUUUGUCAUUAACAACAUUAAAUCUGAUUUUUCAUGUCAAUAUAGGGUCAGCAACUUCCAUCAAAGUACUCUAGUGCUGGAUUCAGACCAAACUCGGAAUUAAGUUUUUAAUAUAAAAGUAAAUUACAUAUAAAGUUAAUGCAAGUGCUCAAAUAGUGGUGAAUUAUCACCGGUGCAAAUGUUGCAGAUAAAGCUGAUAGCGUUACUGUAACCACAACUGCGGAGUAUUGGAUGACCUGUAACCUGGAUUACAUUUGUUUGUUUAAUACAUUGUAAUAUAGAUAAGUUCAUAUUGCUUAAUAAUAACAACGACAACUUCACAUUAAUAUGAGACGAUACAAAAAAUUUACAUUAAAAACAUUAAAUAUGAAUUUUUUAUGUCGACAUUUGAUCGAUAACUUGAAGCGAAUUUAUCGAUCUAAUGUUGAGUACAGAUUGAAUGUGGAAUUAAGUAUUCAAUAUAAAAGUCAAUUACAUACAAUAUUAAUGCAAACGCUCAAAAAGUAGCGAAUUAUCACAACACGACACAAACUUUGCAGAUAAAGCUGUCAGCGUUACUCUGACCACAGCUGCAGAGUAUCGGAUUACAUGUAACCUGGAUUACAUUUGUUUAUUUAUUGUACAUCAGCAAUUUACAACUACUUCAAGACAAUAUUGAAAUAAAUAAGUAAAUAUUGUACAAUAAUAAUAAUAAAGACAACAUCACAAUAAUAACUUCACAUUAAUUAACAAUAAAAUUUUAAAACAUUUUACAUUAAAAACAUUAAAUAUGAUUUUUCAUACCAAUAACUUAGAGACAAAAAACUGUAAGGCUGGAUUCAGACCAAAUGUGGAAUUAAACAUUUAAUAAAAGUCAAUUACAUGUUAAUGCAAAAUUUAAAAUAGUGGCGAAUUAUCACUGCGCGGUGCAAAUGUUGCUGUGAGCUUUACUGUAACCACAGCUGUGGAGUAUCGGAUUACAUGGAACCUGGAUUACAUUAGUUUGUUUAUUGUAAUGUGGAUAAGUACACAUUGCAUAAUAAAAACAACGACAACUUCGUUAAUAAAAGACAAUACAAAACAAUACAUUAAAUAUGAUUUUCGUGUUGAUAUAGGAUCAAUAUAAAAUGAGUAACUAAGUAUUCAAUAUAAAAGUAAAUUACCUAUAAAGUUAAUGCAAACGCUUGAACCGAGGCGAAUUUUCAGAGUGUGGUGCGAAUGUCGCAGAUUAAGCUACGCGUUCUGACCGAAGUAUCGAAUUACAUUAGUUUGUUCAUUGUACAUCGGCAUUUUAAGACUACUUUGUGACUGAUCGAAGAUUGAUAUAGAUAGAACAUAUUGCGUAAUAAUAACGACAACCUCAAAUUAUUAAAAGACAAUACAAAAUAAAUACAUUAAAUAUGAUUUUUCACGUUAAUAUAUGAUUAAGAAUUUCCAUCAAAGUGCUCCAUGCUGGAUUCAGACCAAAUGCGGAAUUAAGUAUUCAAUACAAAUGCAAAUUACAUAUGAAGUCAAUGCAAAUGUGAAAAUAGAGAUAAAUCAAUGCUAUAGGCAUGAACAACGCCGAGUUUGCCAUAAUUGUGUCUUGUGUUCAUAUUCAAAUGAUUGAAUUACACAAAAAAAAAAUUUGUAAAGGGAAAAACAUCCCGUGAGUAAACUAGAGCGAGUGACGCAGUGGUGCGUGAUUGAUGUGAACCCAGCAUAACUUCACACACAAACACCGAUUCUCUUAAAGAGACAGUUCACCUCUAAAUUACAAGUGUCAUCAUUUACGCAACCUGUUAAGGGUUUUUCUAUUGAACACAAAGGAAGAUAAACUGAAGAAGGCUUUUAGCUCAUGAUAUGGAUGUUGAUGGAUAUGUUUUUCAAGAUUAUCUUGUUCGACAGGAUGAAGAAACUUGAGUUGUGAGCAAAUGAUGAGGAAAUUUCCUUUUGGCUGAACUAUUUCUUUUACACACUGACAGAAUUCUCAAUUAUUUCAUCUUUUAUUCACCCAAAGACGACCUCACGCUAGCUCCAUGUGGUUACAACACGGUUUCAAUCCACAAAUGACUUGAUGUAGCCUUUAUUUCCUUUAUAAAACGUGCUCACGUCUGAAACGGUAGCAUUCAAGAAGUGCACUAUCACAUUUUGCACACCGUAUUUGCCUACACACGAAGGAAAUCAAAGGCAAAGAGUUAUCUUUAGUGAAGCUAGUGUGAGUGUGAGUGUGUGUGUGUGUGUGUGUGUGAGUGUGAGUGUGAGUGUGAGUGUGUGUGUGUGUGUGUGUGUGUGUGUGUGUGUGUGUGUGUGUGUGUGUGUGUGUGUGUGUGUGUGUUGGCACAAAUUUAAUGAUUUUACACCACGCCCUGCUUUGUUUUCGUCUGUCUCUCGUGAAUUUCUUACCCUUCGAUGUCUUUUUUAAAAACGUCUUCCUCCCCUGUGGAUUUAGGGCCAUGAGGUCAGAUCUUGCAUUUAACUCGCCCUUAAAUAUGCAAGUCUGGGCUGAUAUUUGGUAGAAAACACAUCUUCUUAGUCAACGACAUGUGUGAACCCAGACAGAGCACAAGCAGCCCGGUAGCACCCUGUUAGAGAGCUUACAAAUGCACAACAACAAUCGCGUUUGGUGGACGAACACCUUCCCGUAGUGAGAUUUUGCUCGGACAAAUCUGAUUGGGUGGGAGAGUGACGACAAGAAAUGGACUGAUGUUUAUCGCCACAAUCACAAUCGAGGAGGAAAAACGUUGGGAUUGAUGUGAAAUAUGUACAGAUAUAGUAUUAUUAUCGUCGCGGAUGUGAACUUUCUCUUAACCCCAUGAUAUGAAAAAAAAUGAACAUUUGAAAACACUAUGACAAGAGCUCAUUCCCCAGAUUUACAUUCAGAGCUGGAUGGAGAAACCGAUGAUGAGGGAUGAUGAUGAUGAUGAUGAUGAUGAUGAUGUCGAUUCCUGUCUUGUCUGAUUUUAUUAUUUAUCAUGGCUCUUUGGGCAGCGUUAGCGAAGUGCAGUUUGUAUAUUAACAAUACAGGGAGCAUCAGAAGUCGUCGGAUGAUGUGCUUUUAUUCUUUUCGUUUGUUUGUUUGUUUGAAGUCAUUUGUGUAUCAUACGAUUUUAUCUUUGAUUAUAUAAUAAUUGUUAUUAUAAUUAUAAAGAUAAUUGAUGGGCCUGUAUGCAUCUCUCUCUCUCUCUCUCUCUUCUGUGUUAACUAGCAGAGUUUAUGAAUUUGUUAGAAAGAUACCACAUUAAAAAAAGAUGAUGAAUUCAUGAGAAUCUGAGAAACCAGCAUCACUCAAACUGUUCAAAAAUACCACAAAAAAAAGAUGUUUGACUGUCAUCGUGUGUUGGUGGAUCAUCAAGUUCUAUCGGUUGAAUUAAACAUGUACAAUUGAAAGCGAUUUGUUUUUCUAAAGAUGUGAAAUAUUUCCAUUAUGUUUUAUAAGUAAAGACUUAAGCCCCA